AUGGCCAAGGCCACAAGGGCAGGGGCGACGCCUCACCACCGCAACCUCCCAGAUGAGAUCAUCGUAUGGGAGAUCCUUGUCCGUCUGCCACCCAAAGCCCUCCUCCGCUGCCGUGCCGUUUGCCGCGCCUGGUGCAGCGUUACCUCCUCCUACGACUUCCUCCUCGCCCACCACACCUGCCAGCCCGCUCUUCCUCUCCUCCGCAACUAUGAAAACUACAGAAAAGGCCUAGACGUCUGUUGCUUCGACCAUCGGCCAAGGGUGGCCGCCCCCGACCAUCCCCAGCCCGACACCCGACGACUAAUUGACCAAACCUCCUUUCUUCUAGAUGAUGCCUUCUGCAAUGACGAGACCCCCUUCUCUUGUCUGGUUACCUCCUCUGAUGGCCUCCUCAUCUUCCGCGCCGGGCUCAACAACUUCUCCAUCUGCAAUCCGGCAACUCGCCAGUAUGCUCGCAUCCCACUGCCUACACAUCUUAACUGGUGGAUUCUGGGAAUGUACCCUCACCCCCCUACCGGCGAGUACAGACUAUUGCUCUACUCUUACAUACCGGCACCCGGGACUAAUGCUGCGUGCCACGUCUUGGCACUGGGCCCCGUCCAGCCUCCGAGGCACAUCGGGUGGCCAGAUGCGAUUACACAUAUGAUUACGGAGCUAGAAUCAGACCCUCGUGUGCUAUUCCGUGGUAGCCUGCAUUGGUACCCAUUGUAUUAUGAAGGCAAAAACACCAUGAUAGUGGUGUUUGACACCACAUCUGAGUCAUUCCGGGAGAUGCGUGCUCCCGUUGUUACUCACUGCGCUGACUUGUUUGAGAUGGACAACAUGCUCAGCAUGUCCGCCUUUGAUUAUGUGAAAACCAUUGAUAUAUGGGUGUUGCAAGACUAUGAAAGGGAGGUCUGGGCCUUAAAACAGAAGAUUGAAUUGCCAAUUGCGGAGAUCAAGGUGCAGUGUGACAAGUAUGAUGGUAGGUUGGAUUUGAUGGUUGUGCCUGGGGAUGGUGAGUUGCUCGUGUUGGUCAAAUUUGACGAGUGGCUUCUUCUUGUUGGCAUGGAUGGCAAGUUGGUCGCCACUUCCCAUCACAAAGAAGUCGGUCUUAGUCACUUUAAUCUCAAACAAACUCUUGUUCCGCAAACCUUCUUUUCGACACUAGAGGGUUAUGUACUGCUCCGCCUUUCAUCUAAAGAUUGUUGA